AUGGAAGCUGAAAAGAAAGCGAUUUCCCUUCUUUCAAAAUUACAGAAUGAGUUGCAAACAGAUAAACCAAUUAUCCCCUUGGUUGAGAAAUUUUUCACUGACAUAUGGAAUCAGUACCUAGAAUACCAACAUCUUUUGAAUGAAACUGAUGGAAAAUCAAGGUGGUUCCACUCACUGUGGUUGUUUGUAGAAUGCUACAUGUAUACUAGAAUUCAUGAAGUGAUUAUCCAGAGUCCAUCACUCGAUGACUUUGAUAUAGUUAAAGAAUCAAAAGACCAAAAUUUCUUUGAGUCACAGGAAUCUAUCAUUGUUUUAUGUACUCAUCUGCAGCAGUUGAUGACAAUUGAAGACCUAGAUGAAAAUCAGCUGAAAAAUGAGUUUUUUAAACUUCUGCAGAUUUCACUGUGGGGAAAUAAGUGUGAUCUAUCUCUAUCAGGUGGGGAAAGUAGUUCUCAGAAGAUCGAUGUAACAAAUUCUUUGGAAAAACCUUUCAUUUUAGUGAAUGACAUGGAACAUCUCCGGGCACUGCUUAGCAGUUGCAAGAACAUAAGAGAAAAAGCAUCUGUUGCUAGAGUGGAUAUUGUUCUGGAUAAUUCUGGAUUUGAACUUGUUACAGAUUUAAUAUUAGCUGACUUCUUGUCCUCUAAACUGGCUACUGAGAUCCAUUUCCACGUUAAAACUAUUCCAUGGGUUGUUUCUGAUCCUACUAUCCAUGAUUUUAAUUGGUUAAUCUAACAAGUAAAACAUUGUAAUCAGUGGAUCUCAGCGUGUGGGGUCGACUGGGAAAACUAUAUUAAAAUAGGUAGAUGGCAUUACCAUGAUCGUAUAUUUUGGACUUUGCCUCACGAAUACUGUGCAAUGUUUCGGGUUGCUCCUGACUUACAAGCUGAACUACAAAAGGCACAUUUAAUUUUAUUUAAGGGUGAUUUGAAUUACAGGAAAUUGACAGGUGACAGAAAAUGGAAGUUUACCAUUCCAUUUCAUCAGGCUCUGAGUGGCUUCUGUCCUGCACCUCUCUGCAGCAUAAGAACAUUAAAAGCUGAGGUUCAGGUUGGUCUGCAGCCUGGGCAAGGGGAGCAGCUCACGGCUUCUGAGCCCAACUGGCUGACCACCGGGAAAUACGGAGUGUUUCAGUUCAGAGGUCCACUUUGACUCUGUUUAGGAGCU